UGUAGUCACACCUUCACAGGUUUGACGCUCGUGAGUAGUUCCGCAGAUUGUCAAUGCCCCCUGCUGCUGCUGGGAGUCCAACAGAUUGAAUUGGUAAGUGAAGUGCACUUAUUCAAUGAGAGAAGACGUUUCAACAUCCACGACAGUUCAGGGAAACUGUCUAAAAUUAAUACAAGGACUCUCUGAGACAACUUUUUUUUUUCCUUUUAGAUUAAAUCAACAUCCGUUUCAAGUCUCUGUAUCUUCUCAUCAGCAUGGCAGAGCCUGCUGAGCUGCUGCUCAUCAGAGACCAGUAUGAGUUGGCGUUUCAGUCUCUGAGCCGUGGCCUGGCAGCUGAAGAAGCUGGGAAAAAAAUGGAGGCCCUGGAGUAUUACAGGAAAGGUCACCAACACCUUACCCAAGGAGUGGAGAUCCCCACUAGGGGGGCAAGGCAGCAUGGAGCGACGUGGGACAUGGCCAGACAGCUUCAACAGAAGAUGAGGAACACGCUGCAGACGGUCAACACCCACCUCUCUGACAUGGAGACCUCUCAGCAAAAAACAGGAUUUCAGAGAGGCCAUCUAUUAAAGGAUCUUCAGCCUCCCCAAAGCUCCCUACAACACCUCUACCCAAGACUACCUGCUACCAACCAGAAUACAAUCCCAACCCCUAGAACUCCCCCUCCCAGGCCUCCCUCCCCUGCUGUUCUGCACACACACACAGUCCCAGCAGCCGUGCCAGGAACAACAGCCAUGGCAAAUACAGGGCAACAACCUCCAGCAUAUACACUGGAGCCAACAGCAGGCCAUCGCAGCCUGGCUUGUGGUCCUGCUGGAGGGAGCCUCCAGACUGGAGCCACUGCAGGAAGAGAUGGACAUGAGCUGCUUUUAAUCCAUUCAGGGGUGCAGAUGUUUUUCGUGGCACCAAAUGGACAGGUCAGCUCCCUGUCUUAUCCAGGCUUCCUUCGCAUCAUUACAUUUGACAACCAGCAAAAGGAUUUCACAGCAGGAAGGCCCUCAGCAUUUAUACAUGUGUGUGACUGGCUGUACCCGCUGACAACAGACACCCCAGUCCUUCUGGCUAAUUCUGGGAUCUACAUGUUCCCUGACUGUCUGUCCGAAUCUCCAGGGUCCUACGUGGGUUUAGUGUUGUCCUCUGAACUGCCAACUGCUGACAGAGAGAUGUUCCAGGACAUGCUGUCGCAGCUGGCUGACCUCAGAAUCCAGGGUCCAGAGGGGUCAGGGUCACAAGUUAUCAACCUGAGUGAGAAAAUCCCCCUUGGUACCCCAAAAGGUGAUCAAACAGUGCUGAGCGUGCCCGCAGGGGAGAAGGGAAAACUACUUCCUGGAUGGAGUGAGAAGAUGGCACAAGGAAUCUUGUCAGGCGCUACAAAGUUGAGUCUAGAGUUUGUUAAAGGAGCAGAGGCAACUGGAAGGGCCAUUCAUAAAGGAGCAGCCAAGAUCCGGGACCACAUCACUCCUGAGGACACUCCUUCAGAGGUCAGCCCCCGUGUCACCAAAAGUCUUCAGGUGGCUAAAACGGCCAGCGGGGGCGCUGUUCGGGUCAGCCAAUUCAUGGUUGAUGGAGUCAGUGCAGUGGCAGGACAUGUGGCAGAGAAGAUAGCACCACAUGUGAAGAAACAUGGUGCAAAACUCGUCCCAGAGUCUAUGAAGGGUAAAGAUGGCCGCCCUUCCAACAUGGACGGAGCCAAGUUAGUGGCAGUCAGCAGUGUACAAGGUUUCUCUACUAUUUGGAAUAGUCUGGAGACCGGAGCAAAGCUUAUUGGCAAAAGCGUUACAGCAGAGACUGUCAAUAUUGUGACAUAUAAAUUCAGGGGCUUAGAGAAACUAUUAAAAAUGUCCAGGAACAUAUGACGGCACUGGGGAGUAAAGGCAAAGACUUUUGAACUAACAUUUCACUCUGCAUUAUUUACAGACUUUUAAUUAACCAAGAUCAAGUCAGAAAAGAACUCAGUGAGACAAAUGCCAAAUCUAAUGGAGCAGCUUACACAUAAUUCUAUUAUAAUGUUGUUUUCAUAAAACGGACUUUUUUUUAAAUGAGAUUUUUAAGUGAACUUUUAAGUAUGAGUUUUGGGUUCUUUUUUGACUAAGUGUAUUUAAAGCCUCUGUUUUGUGUUUGAUUUUCUGAGUUGGUCUGUAGGUCUGUAAACCAAAGCUAAAUAUCUGCUUGUGUUGGGUGGUGCUGCUCUUGCUGUUCAGACUGUCUGUGCCCUCCUUUUCUGGUUUGUUGCUAAUAAAACUACUUAAAAAUAA